CUACAUGGGUGGGGGAGCUGAGGCCCACGAGUCUACGGGGAUCAUCUUUGUGGAGACACAGGUCCGCGGGCCUCGACCUCGUUGGGUGGACCCGAGGCGCCAAAAGCCAAUGGGUGUGCGGGGUGUGGCCUUUGACCCGCCGGCCUGUCGCCAUGCUGUCCCUGUGCCUGUGCCGGUCGUGGCACCGCAGCCCUGCCACCCGGCUCUUCUCAGCGGCCUCCGGGCAGCGGUCUGGCCCUAGGAACUACUAUGAACUGUUAGGGGUGCAUCCUGGUGCCAGCACUGAAGAAGUUAAACGAGCUUUCUUCUCCAAGUCCAAAGAGCUGCACCCCGACCGGGACCCUGGGAAUCCAGCCCUGCAUAGCCGCUUUGUGGAGCUCAGCGAAGCAUAUCAAGUGCUCAGCCGAGAGCAGAGCCGCCGAAGCUACGAUCACCAGCUGUCCUCCGCAAGUCCUCCAAAGCCUCCAGCAACCGCGGCCCAUGCCAGGUCUGCUCAUCAGGCACACAAGUAUCAGGCACACAGCGGCUCCUGGGAACCCCCCAAUGCCCAGUAUUGGGCCCAGUUUCCUGGUGUGAGGCCUCAGGGACCAGAGUCGAGGAAGCAGCAGCACAAACAGAACCAGCGGGUUCUAGGGUACUGCCUCCUGAUCAUGCUGGCGGGCAUGGGCCUGCACUAUGUCGCCUUCAGCUGGAGCAGAUACACCGGAGCUUCAUGGAUGAAAAGGACCGGGUCAUCACAGCCAUCUACAAUGACACACGGGCGCGGGCCAGGGCCAACAGAGCCAGGCUCCAGGAGAAACUGCAGGGGCAGCAGCUGCAGCCCCCACCUGGAGGCCCAGGGAUCUCGCCUCCCGACACAGGCACCCGGCAGUGAGCGGCUCAUUUGGACGCGGGCUGCCGGUUGUUCCCUCCUUGCUACCCCGCGGGACUUGCCACCCCUCGAAACGCGGGCAAUAAAGUGCUUCUCAGAGCUCGAGUCCUGCUCCUUGCUUCAGGCCCAGCGGCCCCCUCCCGGGGCCUCGCGGGGAGAACCGCACCCCGCCCUCCGGGUCCUGGCGGCGGCGACCCGGGAGCCCGGCCUCCUGGGCGGCGCGUCCCCUUUCCCCUGCUGCGGCAGGAGGGGUGUGUGGAGGGGGCGGGUCCCCGCGGCGGCCUCACCCCCCCUCCCCCGCCCCGCCCCCGCCCCGCGGCCCGGUGGGGAGCGCGUGUCUGGGUCACAUGAGCCGCCCGCCCGCCAGCCCGGGCCCGGCCCCCCGCCGCCCCCGCCGCCCCCGCCGUCCCCGCCGCCGCCGCCCGCCGCCACCGGCCGCCCGCCCGCCCGGCUCCUCCGGCCGCCGCCGCGGCGCUGCGCUGCGCUGCCUGCGCUCAGGGCUCGGGAGGGGGCCGCGGAGGAGCGGUCCCCCGCGCCCGGCCCCCGCCCGGCGCGCCCGGGCCCGCGCCAUGGGGCUCUGGCUGCCGCCGCCCCCAGCGCCACCGGGCUAGGGCGAUGCGGGCGCCCCCGGCGCGCGGCCCCCGCGGGCACCAUGAGUCCUCUGCUCCGCCGCCUGCUGCUCGCUGCGCUCCUGCAGCUGGCCCCCGCCCAGGGCCCUGUGUCCCAGCCUGAUGCCCUCAGCCACCAGAAGAAAGUGGUGUCCUGGAUAGAUGUGUAUACCCGUGCCACCUGCCAGCCUCGGGAGGUGGUGGUGCCCCUGACCGUGGAGCUCAUGGGCACCGUGGCCAAGCAACUGGUGCCCAGCUGUGUGACCGUGCAGCGCUGCGGCGGCUGCUGCCCUGACGACGGCCUGGAGUGCGUGCCCAUUGGGCAGCACCAAGUCCGAAUGCAGAUCCUCAUGAUCCGUUACCCGAGCAGUCAGCUGGGCGAGAUGUCCCUGGAAGAACACAGCCAAUGUGAAUGCAGACCAAAAAAGAGAGAGAGUGCUCUGAAGCCAGACAGGGCUUCCACUCCCCACCACCGCCCCCAGCCCCGCUCCAUUCCGGGCUGGGACUCUGCCCCCGGAGCACCCUCCCCAGCUGACAUCACCCAUCCCACUCCAGCCCCAGGCCCCACUGCCCACGCUGCACCCAGCGCCGCCAGCGCCCUGACCCCAGGACCUGCCGCUGUCGCUGCAGACGCCGCAGCUUCCUCCGUUGCCAAGGGCGGGGCCUAGAGCUCAACCCAGACACCUGCAGGUGCCGAAAGCUGCGAAGGUGACACGUUGCUUUUCAGACUCAGCCACUUGCCCUCACUGGCCACCCCCCCCCCCCAAGAGGGGGACAAGAGGGCAGUAUGUUGAGAAGAGCCCAGUCGCAAGAUCUCCAUGUGGGCAGAAGCUGCUCCAGGCCCUGGGCCUCUCAGAGGACUUCCCAGCUGUCCCAGGUCUCUCCAAGGCUGCCAUCCAACAGGGUGGACAGCUGGACAAGGAGAGGUGCAGGCAGCACCAGGGGUCCCGGACUAACUCGAGAGAGAAGGGGUCCCGUCUCAGUGUGCGACCACCAUGUAUGAGUGAGCAUCUUACAGCUGGCUCCAUCCCCUCCCUAAGAAGACACCGAUCCUCCGCACAUACUGGGAAUUGGGCUUUGGUGUGAGAACUGUGACCCCCAAGCCUGAUAAAAGAGAUGGAAGGAGCUA